GAUGGAUAAAUUCAUUGUGAUUUGGCCUUGCAAUGCAGCGCGGGUUUUGCAGUUCACGAGUGCAACUAGUUCAAUUUGUAUUUAACGAAUGCGUGCACUAAAUCAUUGGUCAAUUUGUUUUCACUGAUGCAUCAAAAUUCAGAAGCUGAAGUUGGAUAACGAAUCACAGUAAUUCAAAUAAGUUAAAUAUGCAAUUCAACUUCACCACAUCUUAGAGUUAACCAAGUCAAAAUCAGGAAUUAUAACUAUACAUUGUUUUAUGUGUCUCUGAUGUACAUCACGAGUGUCAAGUAGGCCUGACAAGACACGCACAAUGGAUAUGGAGUCAGUGGAGCAGAAUUAUCGAAAACACAUUCAAAAUUUCGUCAGGAUAUAUGAAAAGGAUGCAACAGAGAACAUAGAGCCUGGUGAAAAUGGGAGAAUGAUUAAUAUUGAUGAAACAGAGCAACCAAGAUUGUGUCCCGCAGAACUGGCAUUCUUGGCAAUGCUGAGGUCACCAACAUUCUGUUUACCAGUGUAUCAAAUCUUCAGCUAUGUGAGAAGUAGAUUUCCUUACUACAAAAAAAUGGGUGAUCACAAAUGGGAAUCUAAUAUUCGAAAAGUCCUUACCAAAACUUCAGCACCAUUCAGAAGACUUGACAUUGCGAUAAGGCCUGACUUUUGGACAUUCGAGCCAGAGGCAAUAAUGAGUUUUGCCCGUGGUGAUAUGAGAUACAACAAAUUUUGCCAGAGGGAGGCCAACAACAACCUAAGAUGGGCUUGGCUACAGGUUCCGAAUGCUCAGCAGAUUUGGAGUAAAAUUACCGAGUGUGUACAUUGCCACAUUACCUCAUCAAUUGAGCAGUUAGAUGCUGACCCAGAGGGGUACGUAGAUGCACAUCAUGUAGAAAUGGGUGACAUUGAAAACUCAGAGAAACUGAACAGUAAGUGCCGUACAAUCACCCAACGAAUGGCACCUAAGUCGACAAUGAAGUACCUACCUACAUAUAACAUUAAGACAAAGGAAUAUGAGUACCCAUCAGAGGUGGUUGAUCCAACAAAGGAAGAUGUUUGUGAGAUGGUCACCAAUUAUUCCGCAAUGGUGACCAAAUCGUGUUUAUCUCGUACAGUACAAACACCCAUUAAGUUCCAGGCCAUCCGUGUCCCAUGUGAGAUCAUGAACAUAGGCUCUGUGUACAACAGAAGAGUCAUUGUACUGAAAAGCAAUAAACAUGAACGACAACGAGAAGGAGUGAACAGAACAGCUCCCUAUCACAUUAGCAGAGACAGAGCUAAGCCAUCUCACAGGCUUACUCACAACCAACUUGAGAGAGAAAUACAGGAUGAGAGUAUAGAUCCCCCAAUCAAUAUGCCAUACAUACCUUAUGACGAUGAAGAUCCUUAUAAUGAUGAAGAGUCUUACUAUGAUGAAGAUCCUAAUCUUCAUGAUGACAUAGAUCCUGUAUCCCUCAGUGACUCUCCCAUUACAGAACCACUCGAGCUGUCGCAUACAUAUAGCCUUUCAGUCCCUAGUCACCCAACAUCACAUGAGACAAUUGUGCCUAAGGUCACUGAGCCUGUAGAACUGUACUCUCCAACAGAAAAUGAUGUAUUCAGAUGGGAAGAUGUGGACAGUAUUGUCCCAACUGUGCCAAAAGAGGAAAUCCAUGACGGAGACAUUUGUGUCAGUCAAAUCCAGCCAAUUCCAUACUUUAACAGCACAUUCUCUGGCAAAGUUCAUAUUGUUCCAGUGUCAAGCAAUAGUUCCAGCUGUGUCUGCUUCUCAGAUUGCUGUUUUUCACCUGAAUGCAGCACAGAUAAACUGUUUGAUGAUCUGCUUAUAUAAAUCACAACAUGCUUUAGACAAACCCCUAAUCACAGGGUGCCCACAAGGUUCUGUAUGGACAAUUUUUAAAGAAAAAAAUACUUUAAGAAAUCUAAAAAGUUUACAUUUUAAAUUUUAAUGCAAUUGGGGACAAUUAUCCAUUUGAAAGGCAAAAGAGAUAUUAAAAAUAGCUAUAUUCCAAUAGCCUCUUGAGAGCACCCUGAAUCAGGUCUUUUCCACAAUUCAUUUUUGAAUCUCUUGGAAUGUAGGAAACAGGGGACAGGAAAGGAUGUGAUUGCAGUAUACACAUUUGAAGCAAUCCACAAAUUGCAACAUUUGAACCAUUUGUACAUAAGUCAUUUUAUAUUUUUAUAUACUCACUGUACAUACAGUUUAUAGCAAAAGUGUAUUUAUUAUCCCAACGAACAAAGAUCGAUAGGGAUAAAGAUUCAUCCAUCUAUCUGUCAUCUGAAACUCAAAUGCUGAUGGACAUAUUUUCAUCAUAUCUGGUGGAAAGUUGUAUAUUGAUUUUAUGAAAAUAAUGUUCACAAAAAUAAAAGUGUUGAGCAUUAAUUUUGGUAGUUUAUCCUAUACCCAUUAGC